AUGGACAUCUACACGGGUAACGACAAGGACUCGAUUGUGGAAAGCGAGUGGUUCCGGGCUUCGGACGCGUGGAAGCGUAUCGACACGUUCGACCUGGCGUCGGUGCUGUAUCUGUGCCUCUACACGAUUCUCCUCGUCGUCACCACGUGGAACCAUCGCAACGCCGUCCGCCGCCUGCGCGAAGAAGAAGCCAACUACGUGCAGCAGUGUUGCGAGCUGGCCGAUCAAAUCGAAAAAGAGGCCGUGUUCGACCCGCGACAGCAGGCCCCCGAGAGCGAGCCCGACUCACAGAACAAGCACCAGGGCCGCCGGAAUGUCGAGAGCCGACUGAUCGAGGCGAUCACGAAGGCGAACCAGAAGAAGGACAAGGAAAAGGACACGCAAGCCGGCCCGUCGACGGGCCCAUCAAAGAGUACGGGACCAUCCGACAAGGACGAUGUGGCCAGCAUCUCCAAGUUGCCGAGGGCCAAGCGCGGAAUGCGGCACGAUGUGCUCGAGGAACAGGAGCGCAUCCUGGAGGAGUACAUCGAGACGGAACAGGCUGAAGGCGAUCCCGAGUACGAUGCGGUGGAUGGGGACGAGAAGAAGGAGCACGAGGAGGAGGACACUCAGAAAAAGAGAAGAGACACGAGGGAUGAGGAGAAGAAGGGAGAGAGAGCGGAGAAAGCCGAGAGAGCCGAAGAGAAACACACGGACCGGCAGAAGAAGACGCGCAAGAGGGAGACGGACAAGGCGGCUGGAGGAGGAGGAGCAGGGAAGACGGCUGUUGCUCAGACACAGGGCGCCGACCGGAGCCUCAAGAUGGAGAAGGGCACGCAGGAUGAGGGAGGUGCUGGAGCAGGAGGAGCAGGAGGACAUCGAGAGAAGGAGAAGGACCAGGAGAAGACGUGCAUCGACAAUGAGAAUGUGCCGACCAGCAAACACCGGCUGCCGAUGCUGACCGCCGAGGAGAUCCACGAGAAGGACGUAAUGGAGGACGUG